AUGAUGAAGUUUAGGUUCCGACGGCAGGGCAACGACCCACAGAGAGAGAAACUCAAACAGGAAUUGUUCGCCUUCAACAAGACAGUGGAACAUGGGUUCCCCCACCAGCCCAGUGCUUUGACCUUCGACCCCCAGCUGCAGCUCAUGGCCAUCGGGACCAAGUCUGGAGCCAUCAAGAUAUAUGGAUCUCCAGGGGUGGAGUUUACAGGACUACACAGAGACACUGCAGCCGUUUCGCAGAUGCACUUCCUCCAAGGACAGGGCCGUCUGUUGUCGCUGCUUGAUGACAACACGCUGCACCUGUGGGAGCUGGGCGGAGCUUCCCGGGACAGGGGAGGGGCUAAGAGGGAGGGCGUGGUCUACCUGGAAGAAAAACGCAACUACAGUGUCCUGGGACGACCUGGACUGGAGAGCUGCAGUGCGAGCCGUGUGACGGUUCUGCUGCUGUUGAGGUCAUGUGACCUGCUGUGUGUCGGCACCGAGGGAGGGGCCAUACACUUCCUGGAUCUGCCACGCCUCUCGUUGAGGGACAACCAAUCACUCCUGCUGGACCAGGUGAUGCAGAGCGUACCUGAGGACUACAGGUGUGGGAAGUCUCUGGGACCGGUGGAGUCGUUACAGGAACACCCCCAGCAGCCAGGGAAGAUUCUGAUUGGCUACAGCAGAGGCCUGGUCGUCCUAUGGGAUCUCAGCACCCGCAACGCAGAACACCUGUUCCUGGGAAAACAGCAGCUGGAGUCUCUGGUAUGGGAGCGUUCCGGUCGCUCCUUCGUCAGUUCCCAUAGCGACGGGGGGUACAGCGUGUGGGCCGUUGCCGUUGGUAACACCUACACACACCAGCCUGUGUCCUCGUCCAUCCCCUACGGUCCGUUCCCUUGUAAAGCCAUCAACAAGAUCUUAUGGAGGACGACUCAGUCAGGGUGUCCAGUCGUCCUCUACAGUGGAGGAAUGUCCAGGGCCAGUUAUGGAGACCGUCACUGUGUGACCGUCCAGCAGGACAAACACCACAUCACUCUAGACUUCACAUCCAGAGUUAUAGACUUCUUCACCGUCCACACCACUGACCUGGAGCACGACUAUGAUGAUCCUUCAGCCCUAGUGGUUUUACUAGAAGAGGAGCUGGUUGUAAUAGACCUCCAGACCACCGGGUGGCCCUCUGUCCCUCCUCCCUACCUGGCCCCGCUCCACUCCUCCGCCAUCACCACAUCCUGUCACCUGGACGACGUCCCCGGCAAGCUCUGGGACCGCCUGGCCGCCGCUGGGAACAGCCAGGGCACUCAACACGCACACGGGAGUUGGCCGAUAUGUGGAGGGAAGAAUCUAGCGCCCACGCCCAGACAACAGGAGUUGUUGCUGACGGGGCAUGAGGACGGUACGGUGCGGUUCUGGGAUGUGUCUGCUGUUGCUAUGACUCCCCUCUACAAGCUCAGCACGGCUAACGUCUUCCAUACCGACCCUAACGACGACCCCCUGGACCCUAGCGACGACCCCGAGGCACCGCAAGAGGAGGAGUGGCCUCCCUUUAGGAAGGUGGGAUGUUUUGAUCCGUACAGUGAUGAUCCUCGUCUCGGGAUACAGAAGAUCAGUCUUUGUAAAUACAGCUGUAGACUGGUGGUGGCCGGGACCGCUGGACAGGUGAUCGUGCUGGGUCUGAAUGAUGAGCGGUCGGACCACACGGUCGAUGUCUCCACGGUCGACCUGCUUCAGGACCGAGAGGGGUUCACCUGGAAGGGCCAUGAUAGGCUGGAGCCCCGAGCCAGCCCCGCCCCCUUUCCUCCAGGCUUCCAGCCAUUGGUCGUGGUGCAGGCCCUCCCCCCAGCCUCUGUUACCGCGGUGACGCUGCAUGCGGAGUGGAACCUCGUAGCGUUCGGGACGAGUCACGGCUUCGGACUGUUCGACUACCACAGACACACCGCUGUUCUGGCCAGGUGUACCCUGCACCCUAACGACUCCCUAGCGAUGGAGGGUCCUCUCAGCAGGGUGAAGAGUCUGAAGAAGUCUCUCAGACAGAGCUUCAGAAGGAUCCGGAAGAGUAGAGUGUCUGGGAAGAAACGCCCCGUCCCCACGCCGACCAGCAAGAUCCAGGAAGCCAAUGCAGCGCUAGCUGACCAGGAGGAAGUAGCUCCGGUACAGAGGAGGAUCGAGCCGAGAUCAGCUGACGACUCUCUAUCGGGAGUGGUGCGAUGUCUCUAUUUCGCCGAUACGUACCUCAGAGACGGUACUCACCACGGCCCGACGCUGUGGGCGGGGACGAACUCGGGGAGUGUGUAUGCUUACGCGUUAGAGGUUCCGGGUGUUGGGUCGGGCCGCGUGUCCGGCCGUGGGGGUCCGGGAGGUCCGGGGGGGGGUCCGGGGAGCGGCUGUGUGGAGGCCGUGUUGGGUAAAGAGAUCCAGCUGAUGCACAGAGCUCCAGUCGUGUCCGUCUGCGUUCUGGACGGACGGGGGAAACCGCUACCGGAACCUUACCAAGCCUCUCUGGACCUGGCUGCCGCUCCGGACACGACUAACCCACACUCUGUCCUCAUCGCUUCAGAGGAACAACUCAAGGUGUUCAGUCUUCCUAAGGUCGGUGCGAAGACCAAGUUCAAGCUGACGGCUCAUGAGGGUUGUCGCGUGCGGAGGGUUGCCACGGUGACGGUGUGUUCCACGGCCCAGGAGGACUACAGUGAGACCAGUCUGGUCUGUCUGACGAACCUGGGAGAUCUUCACCUGUUUAAUGUACCUGCCCUACGACCACAGGUGCGUUAUGACUGUAUCCGUAAAGAGGACAUCAGCGGCAUCGCUUCCUGUGUCUUCACCAAGAACGGCCAGGGGUUCUACCUGAUCUCUCCAUCAGAGUACCAGCGUUUCUCCCUGUCAGCUAAAGUCAUCACUGAACCUCUGUGUGCUGUGGAGCUGGAGCGACCGCUGGACCAAAUCAUCAGCGACGACGCAGCCGUGCCUCUCCGGGCCAACGGAACUCACCGGAACCAGGCUGAAGGGUUAACCGAGGACCCCCAGUGUGGCCUGUCCUCCUCACCUCCCCCCUCCCCUCUGGACUCCCCCCUCAGCAUGGCUGACCUCAGCCUGGACACUACCGGAGAACUCACAGUAGAGGACGUCAGGGACUUCAUCACUACCGUGGACGAGGUAGAGAAUAACUUGAGGAACAUCACAGAGGAUGGAAUCCUCAUCACCUGAACAGGUCUGUGGGAGGAUCUGGACGACGGACAGACAUCAUGUGAUGCCUCCUGCCACCAUUACUCCUCCUCUCCUCCCCCCCAUCACGGGCCUCCCAGUCCUGGGGUUGUUGGACUGACCAUGUGACCACUUCAGCUACUGAGGAAAGGACUGAAGGAUAUCAUGAUGGACUGUUAUCCAACCGCUGAGACACACUACACCUGGUCCUCCCUCCUCUUUCUCCCUCCACCUCUAUCUAUCCUUCCCUUCAUCCUCCCUCCUUCCCUUCAUCCCUCCCUCCUUCCCUUCAGCCCCCCC